UCAUUCAAGUAUACGUGACUCGGUCUCCAAUGACUGAAAUAACUGCCCGGAGGCGCCGCAAAUAUAUCCGCCGAAUGCGACGACUUUCCCUACAGGGACUUGAACUACACCAUCCACUCAAAGCAGAAAAGCUAAUCGAUCCUGCGGUCAUCGAUUGAACACAUGCCUCCAUUUUACGGUGUUUCGAUAUGGCAGCCCUGCGUGCAGCAAAACAAGCGUUGAGAAAAGAAAUGAAGAAACGAGUGGCUGCGAUGAGCGAUCAAGAGAAACUUCGACAGUCAAGAGUGGUCUCACAAAAGUUGUUCAAACAUCCGAAAUACCUUUCUAGCCAGCGUGUGGCUGUCUUCCUGAGCAUGCACGAUGAGGUACGGACAGAGGACCUCCUUCAGGAUAUCUUCAAGAGAGGUAAAGUGUGCUUCAUCCCCAGAUACUUCAGCAACAGCAGUCAUAUGGACAUGCUUCGACUGAAAGACCCCGAGGACAUCCAGAACCUGUCCCUCACAUCCUGGAACAUCCGACAGCCGGGAGAUGAAGACGCACACAGCAGAGAGGAGGCCUUGGCUACAGGAGGACUUGAUCUUAUCCUCAUGCCUGGGCUGGGGUUUGAUAAGAACGGGAACAGGCUCGGACGAGGGAAGGGUUUUUAUGACACGUAUCUGGAGCGCUGCAGAAAGCACCAGCCUGAAAAGCCGUACACCAUCGCCUUGGCUUUUAAAGAGCAGCUCUGUACUGAGAUCCCGGUGGACGAUCGUGAUUUUAUUAUCGAUGAAGUCCUCUAUGAAGAGCAAUGAACUUGAUCAAAUUAAAUGUGGAUGAAAAUGCUUCCUCGGACAUCGAUCCGUGUUUCUACAUUUGUAACCAAGCGAUUUUCUUCAAUCUUCACUUGCAAUCGAUGCUGUAAAAAUGAAAGACCUGGAAGAAAGUAUUUAAAUAAGAUUGAUUAAGUGUCACUAUGCCUGCCCUGGCAUUCAAAUGUUCCCCCUUGCAUGUUCUUAAGUUCCUGUUUCGCAAUCCUUAAAUUUUUUUUGCUGUAAAAUAAAAUAGUCUUAUACGGGAUCUCUCCGUGAAGGAGCAAGCAGUCAUACUACUUCACCUCACUUUGCCUUCAUAAUGUUCUCAGACUUCAAGAUAAUAUCAUGCUUGUUUUUUGUUCUUGCUGGAAAUUAAGUUACAGGUGCUUUGCAGUCAGAUUCUAGUGAUUUGUGAUGUCCCCUGUCUGUAAGUCACUUUGGAUAAAAUGGCAUGAAACAAAAUAUACCUCGAUUUCUGACAAAGAAUAAGUGCAAUUCAGAACGUGAGAGAACAGAGAGUAAGCUUAAUGUGACAGAUGUCAAGAUGACAAGAAAUUUUCCUGCAAUUAAUGUAAAUGAAGAUUUUGCCUUCUGCCACGCCAUUGGGUACUGUCGUUGGGCCAAUGGGAGGCUCUUUAAAUCUGCAUGAAGACGUUUUCAAAAUAGCUGAUAGUUUAGUGACACUCCACUACAUUAAUAUAGUAUAUAACUGAUGCGCCACUAAAUUAACAAAUGUAAGUAUGCAGUAAGAAUUACAUAAAUAAUGAAUUAAUAAAUACCUUAACGGAAAGAA